AUGGAGGAAAAAGAUCCUAUUGGUCAUGACCACGGUAGUGCAAGUUCAGGUGAUGUCAAGAAAGUCAUAGAUCUCUAUAAACGGGGAGAAGAAGCCAUAGAGUACCACAACCUACAUCUUAAAAUAGCUAAAGAAGUAGGAGACAAGCAUGGGGAGGGUAACGCUUACGGCAAUCUUGGCAAUGCUUAUGGCCGUCUGAGUGAUUUCAAAAAAGCCAUAGAGUACCACAACCUACAUCUUAAAAUAGCUAAAGAAGUAGGAGACAAGCAUGGGGAGGGUUGUGCUUAUGGCAAUCUUGGCAAUGUUCAUCACCGUCUGGGUGAUUUCAAAAAAGCCAUAGAGUACCACAACCUACAUCUUAAAAUAGCUAAAGAAGUAGGAGACAAGCAUGGGGAGGGUGGUGCUUAUGGCAAUCUUGGCAAUGCUUAUUUUAGUCUGGGUGAUUUCAAAAAAGCCAUAGAGUACCACAACCUACAUCUUAAAAUAGCUAAAGAAGUAGGAGACAAGCAUGGGGAGGGUAACGCUUAUGGCAAUCUUGGCAAUGCUUAUUUUAGUCUGGGUGAUUUCAAAAAAGCCAUAGAGUACCACAACCUACAUCUUAAAAUAGCUAAAGAAGUAGGAGACAAGCAUGGGGAGGGUGGUGCUUAUGGCAAUCUUGGCAAUGCUUAUUUUAGUCUGGGUGAUUUCAAAAAAGCCAUAGAGUACCUCAACCUAUAUCUUACAAAAGCUAAAGAGGUAGGAGACAAGCAUGGGGAGGGUAACGCUUAUGGCAGUCUUGGCAAUGCUUAUUUUAGUCUGGGUGAUUUCAAAAAAGCCAUAGAGUACCACAACCUACAUCUUAAAAUAGCUAAAGAAGUAGGAGACAAGCAUGGGGAGGGUGGUGCUUAUGGCAAUCUUGGCCAUCCUUAUUUUGGUCUGGGUGAAUUAAAAAAAGGCAUAGAGUACUACAACCUAGCUCUUAAAAUAGCUAAAGAAGUAGGAGACAAGCAUGGGGAGGGUGGUGCUUAUGGAAAUCUUGGCAAUGCCUAUCACAGUCUGGGUGCUUUCAAAAAAGCCAUAGAGUACCACAACCUACAUCUUAAAAUAGCUACAGAAGUAGGAGACAAGCAUGGGGAGGGUAAAGCUUAUGGUAAUCUUGGCAAUGCUUAUGGCUGUCUGGGUGAUUUUAAAAAAGCCAUAGAGUACCACAACCUACAUCUUAAAAUAGCUAAAGAAGUAGGAGACAAGCAUGGGGAGGGUAACGCUUAUGGCAGUCUCGGCGAUGCUUAUUUACGUCUGGGCGAUUUCAAAAAAGCCAUAAAGUACCAAACCCUACAUCUUAAAAUAACUAAAGAAGUAGGAGACAAGCAUGGGGAGGGUAAAGCUUAUGGCAAUCUUGGCAAUCCUUAUUUUGGUCUGGGUGAUUUCAAAAAAGCCAUAGAGUACCACAACCUACAUCUUAAAAUAGCUAAAGAAGUAGGAGACAAGCAUGGGGAGGGUAACGCUUACGGCAAUCUUGGCAAUGCUUAUGGCCGUCUGAGUGAUUUCAAAAAAGCCAUAGAGUACCACAACCUACAUCUUAAAAUAGCUAAAGAAGUAGGAGACAAGCAUGGGGAGGGUAAAGCUUAUGGCAAUCUUGGCAAUGCUUAUCACCGUCUGGGUGAUUUCAAAAAAGCCAUAGAGUACGACAACCUACAUCUUAAAAUAGCUAAAGAAGUAGGAGACAAGCAUGGGGAGGGUAAAGCUUAUGGCAAUCUUGGCAAUGCUUAUUUUAGUCUGGGUGAUUUCAAAAAAGCCAUAGAGUACCACAACCUACAUCUUAAAAUAGCUAAAGAAGUAGGAGACAAGUAUGGGGAGGGUUACGCUUAUGGUAGUCUUGGCAAUGCUUAUAUUAGUCUAGGUGAUUUCAAAAAAGCCAUAGAGUACCACAACCUAGAUCUUAAAAUAGCUAAAGAACUAGGAGACAAGCAUGGGGAGGGUGGUGCUUAUGGCAAUCUUGGCAAUGCUUAUCACCAUCUGGGCGAUUUCAAAAAAGCCAUAGAGUACCACAACCUACAUCUUAAAAUAGCUAAAGAAGUAGGAGACAAGCAUGGGGAGGGUUGUGCUUAUGGCAAUCUUGGCAAUGCUUAUAUUAGUCUGGGUGAUUUCAAAAAAGCCAUAGAGUACCACAACCUACAUCUUAAAAUAGCUAAAGAAGUAGGAGACAAGCAUGGGGAGGGUGGUGCGUAUGGCAAUCUUGGCAAAGCUUAUCACGGUCUGGGUGAUUUCAAAAAAGCCAUAGAGUACCACAACCUACAUCUUAAAAUAGCUAAAGAAGUAGGAGACAAGCAUGGGGAGGGUAAAGCCUAUGGCAAUCUUGGCAAUGCUUAUGGCCGUCUGGGUGAUUUCAAAAAAGUUAUAGAGUACCACAACCUACAUCUUAAACUAGCUAAAGAAGUAGGAGACAAGCAUGGGGAGGGUAACGCUUAUGGCAAUCUUGGCAAUGCUUAUGGCCGCCUGGGUGAUUUCAAAAAAGCCAUAGAGUACCACAACCUAAAUCUUAAAGUAGCUAAAGAAGUAGGAGACAAGCAUGGGGAGGGUCGUGCUUAUGGCAAUCUUGGCAAUGCUUAUUUUAGUCUGAGUGAUUUCAAAAAAGCCAUAGAGUACUACAACCUAGAUCUUAAAAUAGUUAAAGAAGUAGGAGACAAAUGCUUGGAGGCAAUGGCUUACGGUUCAUUAGGAUGCGUUUUUGAGCUGCAAGGUGGACUGCCAAAAGCCGUUGAACAUUACCAAGCUAGCAUAAACUUAUUCAAUUCCUUGAGAGUACUUUUAAAAUCUAAAGAUGAGUGGAAAGUUAAUUUUCGAAAUCAGCAUCAAGUGGCGUAUACGGGUUUGUGGAGAGUUCUCGUAGAACAAGGUAAUGUACAUGGAGCCUUAUUAGUUGCUGAGAAAGGACGAGCUCAAGCUCUAACCGACCUCAUGGAAUCCAGUUUUCGUGGUGGAACAAGUCAUCACAAGGGAGAAGAUGAAGAUUGCGCAGUUUUAAAAAACGUUCCAUUUAACACUGUCUUUCAGGCAGUGGACCAAACUGACAUCAAUCUUUGGGUUGUGUCCGAAGGAAAUCAUGUUCAGUUAAGACAAAGUAAACUCAAAAGUUUUGUUUCAGAGAAUAGUGGAGCCAGCCAGUCCUUUGAGUCGUUCAUGCACGAUGCCUAUAGGCAACUUGGUGUUCGUUUUAAUGUGAAAUGCGAGAAUCGAUCUUUAGAUGCUUUGAGGGAGAACCAGUCAGAAGUGGAUGAGGAAACUAAAGAAGAUAACCCUCAACUUCCCAUCCAACAAGAUGAAUGCUUAAGCACUUUGUAUGAUACCGUUAUGAAGCCGGUGGCUGACUUGCUUGAAGGGGAUGAGCUCCUCAUUAUUCCCGAUGGACCCCUUUGGCUCGCUCCUUACGCUGCAUUGAAGGAUGGUAAUUCCAAAUACCUGUGUGAAUCGUUCAUAAUUCGACUCGCUCCAUCUUUAACAAGUCUUAGACUCAUUGCCGAUUGCCCCGAUGAUUAUCACAAAAGCAGUGGUGCGUUACUUGUAGGAGAUCCGUGGGUAGCCGAGGUUACUGAUGGCAAGGGAAAGAAAGUCCUCGAGCAGCUUCAGUAUGCUAAAGAAGAAGUAGAAAUGAUUGGAAAAAUUCUGAAUGUUAAGCCAAUCACUGGUAGUCAGGCCACGAAACGUGAGGUGUUGAAAAGACUCGGUUCCGUUUCCUUAGUUCACUUUGCGGCACACGGAUGUAUGAAAACUGGCGAAAUUGCUCUUACACCUAACCCAGACCGAAUAUCUACUGUGCCAACGGAGGAGGAUUUCAUUUUAACAAUUGGAGAUGUGUCGAGUGUUCAACUUCGGGCCAAACUUGUUGUGCUUAGUUGCUGCCACAGCGGCCGGGGCGAGAUCAAGGCUGAAGGUGUGGUUGGCAUUGCGCGCGCUUUUAUGGGGGCUGGUGCUCGGUCUGUUGUGGUAUCCCUGUGGGCGAUUGAUGACGAGGCUACUCUUGAGUUCAUGAAAUGCUUUUAUCAACACCUUGCAGAAGGUAAACCUGCAAGCGAGUCACUGAACCUGGCCAUGAAAAGCCUCAGAGAAUCGGACAAGUUCCGCGACAUCAAACACUGGGCGCCCUUUUUGCUGAUUGGAGAUGACGUCACUCUUAACUUCAUGGCAAAGGGAAGAGAAAAUUUAAAUGUAAAAUCACAUAAAUGA